ACAGUUUAAGUUGUUUGUGCAUUUUGUGUAAGACAAAGCCUGACGUAAGCAAACAUAAAAAGCGUCAGUUUUAUUGAAAUAUGCUGAGUGUAAAUAUGGACAAAAUCAUUUUCACUCCACCAAGAGAUCAAGCCUUCACUAUAGGGCGUUGAAACCUCAGCGUGCCAGGUGAGCACCUGUUGCAUGGUCGAGAAGAAAGAAGGGGUUUGACAGCUUGGAAAUGUGUUGGUAAAGUCAUGCAAAUAUGAGGAUACUGGUCCGUCCUGUUUCACCACUCGUGUAAUGAUUGACAGAUUUUGGUGAGCAUUGCGACGCCACACCCGAGCGUGUCUUUUAUUUCACUGUAGGUGUAGGAUUGUUAGUGAGAACGACCAGGAAUUAAUGUCGGUCAUUGCAGUUGUUAACAAAAAACAACAAACUCCAUACUUCCGUAUAGGACGGUGGAGAAAGUGAACAGAGUUGGUCCGAGAUCACAGCAAUAGUCUCAAGGAAGUGUUGCGCUCUAUCGCCCUCUCACGAACACACACCCCGAGACAUCCAGUCAUACAGGAUGAGAGCCAUAUCGGCAAUGAUUUUCCUGGCCGUAUGUGCCCUGAUGGUUAUAGUCUACCAGGCCGUACAGCAGGAGCUCAACAUCCGCAACCUGAAAACGCGCAUCGCUGUUUCCAUUGAACAGGUGAAGCUAAAGGAGGAUGGGAUCGUAUCUGUCAAAAUGCAGGUAGAUGAUAUGAAUAAGAAGAUUGCUCCUGUGGCUUCACAGAGAGAUCAGCUCAAGAAACAGAAGGAGGAUCAAAAGAAAUUAUUCGGUCAGUCGGAAAAGGAUCUAGACACCUGCAAAAGGGAGAAGGAUAAUUUAGAUACGAAACGCACUGAAGCAAGUAGUGCACUUCAGAAAAUAAAAGAAGGCCAUGAAGAAGAGAGGAAGAAAGCUGAGCAGGAGACUGAGGGUUUGAAACAGAAGAUUCUAGACAGAGAUUUAAAGAUUUGUGAAUUUGUGGAUCUGAAAGUGGAAGAAGCAAGGAUGUUAUGUGCAGGUGCAAGACUGUGAAGUACCUUUGUGAAGUCCAAUGGAGCGCUCAGGAAAAAUUAUCUAGUUUGAAUAUAGUUGUGUACAUGUGUGUAUACGUUUUUUCACAGGCACUGUUUUUAUGUCAACGUCGAUUUUCAAAAAAAUAUAAUUGCCCUUAAUGUCAAAAUAAAUGUGGUCCCAAAUGAAAAAUGGGCCUCAAGUGUUCUUUAAAAUGUCAGUUUAACUUAGACGAUUCAAUGUAUAUGUGUAUAUAAGCACAUGCCAUACCCUCUGAUGUUGACUUUUUACAUCAUUUCACAUGAACAAUAGAACAAUCGGCAGACUUAUUUAAGGGUCAUUCCACAAAAUCGAUGCUUUUUUGAAAAAUAAAAUCAAAGGCGUUAUCACGCCUAACAGGUUUGACAUUGCAUGUUGUCCCCUCUCAGUUAAACCUCAUAAAUCAUUAAAAAUUAAACAUUAUUGAAGAGAGAGACAAAUUUAUUUGUGUUUUUCCUGUUGGAAUCACACUGGGGAGAUGAUGUAACUUCCUGGAAGUGAUGUCACUAGAAUGUUCCAUUAUUUUACAAGGGUUUUUUUGGGUGAAAGUAACAGUGGUGACAUAAAAUCAGGGACAUACAUAAAAUGGUUUAUAUUUUAAACUGAUAAUGUAUAUGUAUUCCAAAACAUUGUUUAAUAAUGAGGCUACACUUAGAAUAAUAUGGACAUUUUUUACAUAUUUCCUUUAAUUUGCAAGGUAAAAGUACUGCUGAAAAUUGAAAAUCAUUGCAAGGGACAGGCCAAAAACUUUACACUUACCGGCAUAAAUACCAUUUGAAUUAUUUUAAA